CCCCGGCGGGCACACGUCUUCCCCUGGUUUGGCUUGGACAUCGGAGGCACCUUGGUCAAACUGGUUUAUUUUGAACCCAAAGACAUCACAGCUGAAGAAGAAGAGGAAGAAGUGGAAAACCUCAAAAGCAUCCGCAAAUACCUGACAUCCAACGUAGCCUAUGGCUCCACAGGCAUUCGGGAUGUGCACCUGGAGCUCAGGGACCUCACCCUGUGUGGACGUAAAGGCAAUCUGCACUUUAUACGCUUUCCUACCCAUGACAUGCCUGCUUUUAUCCAAAUGGGCAGCGAAAAGCACUUCUCAAGCCUCCACACUACCUUAUGUGCCACGGGAGGUGGAGCCUACAAAUUUGAGCAGGACUUUCGCACAAUGGGUGACCUUGAGCUCUGUAAGCUCGAUGAGCUGGAUUGCCUUGUCAAAGGAAUGCUGUACAUUGAUUCUGUGGGAUUCAAUGGACACUCAGAGUGUUACUACUUUGAGAACCCCACGGAUGCUGAGAGGUGCCAGAAGCUCCCAUUCAACCUGGAGAAUCCCUAUCCUCUCCUUCUGGUCAACAUUGGCUCAGGGGUCAGCAUUUUGGCUGUCUAUUCCAAAGACAACUACAAACGGGUAACAGGCACCAGCCUUGGAGGGGGAACCUUCUUUGGCCUCUGCUGCCUUCUGACAGGCUGCUCCACGUUUGAGGAGGCCCUGGAGAUGGCAUCCCACGGGGACAGCACCAAGGUGGACAAACUGGUCAGGGACAUCUACGGAGGGGACUACGAGCGCUUCGGGCUGCCAGGCUGGGCUGUGGCAUCCAGCUUUGGAAACAUGAUGAGCAAGGAGAAGAGGGAAUCUGUCAGCAAGGAGGACCUGGCCAGGGCCACUUUAAUCACCAUCACCAACAACAUUGGCUCCAUAGCACGGAUGUGUGCCCUGAACGAGAACAUCAACCGUGUGGUGUUCGUGGGCAACUUCCUUCGGAUCAACACCAUCUCCAUGAGGCUCCUGGCCUAUGCCCUGGACUACUGGUCAAAGGGACAGUUAAAAGCACUUUUCUUGGAACAUGAGGGUUACUUCGGUGCAGUCGGUGCACUCCUGGGACUGCUGGACUCAGCCUGACUCUGUGCAGGAUCUGUGUUGGACCAUUGGAUUCAGGACACUCCUGGGCCACUGAGCCCGUGCUUUGGGAGUCACUGAGCCCGUGUUCCUUGUCACAGCCCCCACUGAGACUGUCCCACUGUGGUGGCCUGUGGGGACAGGUGUCUGUAGGAGCUGAAAUCACCUGGGAUUACAGCACAGGUUUGUUCCAAAGGAUGUGAUUGGAGGACAUGGGUGUGGGCUGUAUGGGAAGGGCUGUGGGGCAUUUCAGUCACAUGGGGUUGCCCUUUUUGGGUAGUUUUACUCUGUGUUGAAUGAUGGUGACAAAGCAGAGCAGGAGCACUCUGCUCCUUCCCUUGGAGUCCCAGUGCCCAGGUCAGUUCUGUGUUCACAACAGAGGUUCUCCAUGUGCUGGAAAAUGGUCUGGGAAGGGAAGAAGAGCAUCAGCAGAGCCCUGCUGUGUGUAACUAACUCCAUCUGGCCCACUGGAUCCGCACUGGGACACAGCUGUGCUGGCAGCCAGGCUUCCUUUAUCCCUGUUCACAUCCUUCUCUCCCUCCUGGGGACGGGAGGUACAGCACAGCACAGAUCUGUGCCUCAGGCCGAGUCCCAUUCCAGCCUCCAGCACUCCUGCACAGUCCUCAGCACCUGUGGGAUGUGUCAGGGGUGUCUCAGCCUCCAGCCUGGAGAUUUGAGGAUGGAAUAGGGGUAGUUGUUAUUUUCUCUGUUACCAAACUCCACCAAAGAGACGCUUCCUUCAGUCACACUUGGAUCUCUGUAAUAUUCCAUGUUACAUUUAUUAAUGGCUACACUCCUGUCAUUUUGGGGGAAUUCUCCCCUUUCCCUGCAUGCUGUACUUGCUCUUUUCCCUGUGCAUGCUGCCAGCAGGAUACUGCAGUGUGGAGCCCCUGUGGAAGCUGCACCCCUGGGAGGGGGGGUUGGGAUGGAUCCUGCACGCUCAAUAAACACUCUCUAAAAGCAAUGAGGUAUCUGCCCCUUCCCUUGGCAUGUGAGCUCGUGGAGGCACAGCUCUGGAAGUGCUCUGCCUUCCCAGGGAGCAGCUCUGUGGAGCACAGGGAAAGCUCCUCAGAUCCUUCAUGGUGUCAGGGUUUAUCCCAGGGUAUCAGAGUGACCAUCACCCUGACCUCAGCACACCCUUCCAGUCCUGGUUUCAUCCCAGAAAAAAACAAUUCCCAGCUCUGAUCUCCCUGGCAGCCUGGCUGGAAGUGCUGGGCAGCCCUGAGCCCUUCCCUGCUCUGCCCCUUGCUGUGUCCAGGGUGGGUUCCUUGUGUGGCACCUCCCUCUGAAAAGGGAGGAAACUACAGAUGCAGAGUGUUUGUCUCUUAACCUCAGCUGACUCUGAGCUGGGAUUCUGGACACAGCCAGGGAUUUGAUCACAGUAAAAUUGGGGAAAAGAACACAGGGCUCAUGUGGAAGGUGAUCUGUCCUGGCUGGGGAGGAAAAUGUUUGUUUUUCCUGCAGCCUAACACAAGUUCCAAUUGAUGAUACAGCUCAGGGAGUGAUUUGGGUUGGAGGGACCUCAAAGCCCCUCUCAUUCCACCCCUACCCUGGGCAGGGACACCUUCCACUCUCCCA